AGCCAGCGGCCACCGGCUCGGGCAGCGGCGCAGAGCGGAUCAGCGCGCGCGGUGAGCACGACAUUCCACGGGACCCGCCGAGCCGCGUCCGCGUCGUCGCUGGGCUCCCGCACCUCGACCUUCCUCGGCCUCCGCCCCUUCGGCUCGUCCCCCCCGCGGCCUCCCGUGGGACGGCGUGACCCCGCCCGGGCUCUCGGUGCUCCCGGGGCCGCGCGCCAUGGGCAGCCCCCGCUCCGCGCUGAGCUGCCUGCUGUUGCACUUGCUGGUUCUCUGCCUCCAAGCCCAGGAAGGCCCGGGCGGGGGGCCUGCGCUGGGCAGGGAGCCCGCUUCCCUGCUCCGAGCUGGCCGGGAGCCCCAGGGUGUUUCCCAACAGGUAACUGUUCAGUCCUCACCUAAUUUUACACAGCAUGUGAGGGAGCAGAGCCUGGUGACGGAUCAGCUCAGCCGCCGCCUCAUCCGGACCUACCAGCUCUACAGCCGCACCAGCGGGAAGCACGUGCAGGUCCUGGCCAACAAGCGCAUCAACGCCAUGGCAGAAGACGGAGACCCCUUCGCAAAGCUCAUUGUGGAGACGGAUACUUUUGGAAGCAGAGUUCGAGUCCGGGGAGCAGAGACAGGUCUCUACAUCUGCAUGAACAAGAAGGGGAAGCUAAUUGCCAAGAGCAACGGCAAAGGCAAGGACUGCGUGUUCACCGAGAUCGUGCUGGAGAAUAACUACACGGCGCUGCAGAACGCCAAGUACGAAGGCUGGUACAUGGCCUUUACCCGCAAGGGCCGGCCCCGCAAGGGCUCCAAGACGCGCCAGCACCAGCGCGAGGUGCACUUCAUGAAGCGGCUGCCGCGGGGCCACCACACCACCGAGCAGAGUCUGCGCUUCGAGUUCCUCAACUACCCGCCCUUCACGCGCAGCCUGCGGGGCAGCCAGAGGACUUGGGCCCCGGAGCCCCGAUAGGCGUCCUCCCGGCCCCUCCCCGCCCGCCCGCCCGCCAGUCCGCCCGCCCGCCCGCCGCCGGCAGCGGACUCCAGCGAGAGAUCGGCCGGCCGCACGGAAGGGGAGGAGCUGGGGAGCUGCCUUCUAGUUGUGGAUAUUGUUUGCUGUUGGGUUUUUUUGUUUUUGUUUUUUAACAAAAGAGAGGCUCUAUUUUUGUAUUCCA